CCUCUUCUCCGCCCCUGCUGUUGCUCGCUGCGGGUUGGGCGCUGCCUUAAUAUAGUAGUCCGCUCAGUUCGCUGGAAAAAGAAAAAGAAGAAGAAGAAGAAGAAGAAGAAAGGGGGUCGGAUGGGGCCUCGGUCACCUCAGUUAAUGUCUUCAAGCUGGUUUAAGAAGUGUUUCCUGAACGGCGAGACGAAGCGCGGAAAAGGCGCUGCUCAUCAGCAGCAGCAACAACCAGCAGAGGAGGGAGGCUCGCAGCAGCCGAAGCCACCGCCAGCUCCUUUGCAAUACAGGCGGCCCAAAUUCCUGCGUGGAGCAGUUUGCGCGGAGAAGUUGCCUGGGAAGCGACCCAUCUGCUGCCCCUCCCGGGACAGGCCUCUCCAGUGGAACACGGGCUAUGCCGAAACUGUUAAUGCAGAAAAAUCAGAAUUUAAUGAAGACCAAGCAACAUGUUGCCAGAUUGCUAUCAGGAAGAGACAGUUUGAGCAUGGCAGAGAGGAGGAUCAGCAAUGGCUAAUUUUGUGUUCUACUGAGUACCUGACAGGGUAUUACUGGGCACUGUUUGAUGGCCAUGGUGGUUCAGAAGCUUCAAUUAUGGCCUCCAAUUAUCUGCACUGUUGCAUCAGGCAGAAACUAGAGGAUGUGAUAGAAGGCAUCACUGAAGAUAAUCCUCCGAUGCACCUCAGCGGGCAAUGUAUUUGCCAGAAUGAUCCACUGUUUGUAGAAGAAAAGAAAAUCCAGCAAGAAAAUGUGGUCAUUGGAGCUUUGGAGAGUGCCUUCCAGGAAUGUGAUAAAAUGAUAGGUCAAGAAAUGAAAGCAAGCAACCAAUCAGCAGGCUGCACUGCACUGGUUGCUCUUUAUCUGCAAGGAAAGCUCUAUGUGGCAAAUGCAGGUGAUAGCAGGGUACUUCUUGUUCGAAAACGGAGCAUCGUUCCUUUGAGUACUGAAUUUACCCCUGAGACAGACAGGAAGAGAAUCCAGCACCUGGCUUUCAUCUACCCAAAGCUCCUAGCAGAUGAAUUCACACGGUUUGAGUUUCCAAGGAGAUUGAAAGGAGAUGACGUAGGCCAGAAGGUCCUCUAUCGAGAUUACUCAAUGGAAGGCUGGGGAUAUAAGACAGUAAUGAAAGAGGAUCUCAAAUACCCUCUGAUUCAUGGACACGGGAAACAGGCUCGUUUACUAGGUACCCUGGCUGUAUCUCGAGGCCUGGGCGAUCAUCUGUUAAAAGUAAUUGAAACAAACAUAGAAAUUAAGCCUUUCCUCUCCUGCAUCCCUAAGGUGGAAGUAUUUGAUUUAACAUCAGAAAAUGUUAAUGAAGACGAUGUCCUCAUCAUGGCAACAGAUGGCCUUUGGGAUGUUUUGUCCAAUGAAGAUGUAGCCCAAAUUGUCAGAAAUUUUCUCCAGAACAAUACAACUGAUCCUUACAGGUUUUCAGAAUUGGCCAAACUGCUUGUGCAGAAAGCAAGAGGGAAGGAGGAUGGCUAUUACUGGAUCAAGGACAGUAAAGAGCCUGCUUCUUAUGAUGACAUUUCUGUAUUUGCAAUUCCAUUGUAUAACAAGAAUGAAUACUAAACAAAAUGCUGCUGCUAGAGGAGGCACAGCUGCUCUUCAGGUGGUAAUGGAACUGUUCAUACAGUUGCUGAAAAAUGCAAAUUCAGACUUUGAAAGCAGGAUAACAGAAUUGGAAAGGGACCUUGGAGACCUUCUAGUCCAACCCCCAGCUUAAGCGAGAAAUCCAGACAAAUGGGUGUCCAAAUCUCUUAAAAACCUCCAGUGUUGUAGCACCCAC